AUGAAUCAACUUAACAAGUAUGUGAUUGAUGAAACUGGUAGCGAAGAAACAACUAAUUUUGGUCAAAAGAUCAACAAUACUCAAAGUUUAAAAGCUGGGAAACGUGGUCCUACAUUAAUGGAAGACAUUGCAUUUCGUGAAAAAAUGCUUCAUUUUGAUCAUGAACGUAUUCCAGAAAGAGUGGUUCAUGCUAGAGGUGUAGGUGCUCAUGGUUAUUUUGAAACCUAUAAAGAUUGGUCAGAUUUGACAGCAGCUAGUUUUUUACGUACACCUAAUCAAAAGACACCUGUAUUUGUUCGUUUCUCUACUGUUCUUGGUUUUCGUGGUUCUCCUGAUACUGUACGUGAUGUUCGUGGAUUCGCUACUCGUUUCUAUACUGAUGAAGGCAAUUUUGAUUUAGUUGGCAACAUCAUUGCUCCUUUCUUUGUUCAUGAUGCAAUCAAGUUUCCAGAUAUCAUUCAUGCUGGCAAACCACAACCUGACCGUGAAAUCCCUCAAGCAGGCACAGCUCAUGACACAGCUUACGACUUUUUCUCUCAAUUUCCUGAAACCCUUCAUACUGUAUUAUGGGCAUUAUCUGGCCGUGGUAUUCCUACUAAUUUUCGUCAAGUCGAAGGUUUUGGAGUUCAUACUUAUCGAUUGAUCAAUGAACAGGGCAAGGCAGUAUUCGUCAAAUUUAUAUGGAAACCCUUACAAGGCUUAUGCAAUCUAGUUUGGGAUGAAGCUCAAAAGAUCGCUGGAAAGGAUAUUGAUUUUCAUCGCAAUGAUCUUUAUAAUGCCAUUGACCGAGGUGACUAUCCACAAUGGGAAUUUGGUGUUCAAAUCAUUGAAGAAAAGGAUGAACAUGCUUUUGACUUUGACCUACUGGAUCCUACCAAGAUCGUUCCGGAAUCCCUUGUCCCUUUUACACCUCUUGGAAAAAUGACUUUGAACCGCAACGUGACCAAUUUCUUUGCUGAAACAGAACAAAUCACUUUUUGUGUGGGCCAUAUCGUACGAGGCAUUGGUUUUACAGAUGAUAGUUUACUUCAAGGUCGAUUGAUGAGUUACUUCGACACUCAGAUCAAUCGAAUGGGAUCCGCCAAUUAUAUGCAACUACCUAUCAACCAACCUUUGAAUCAAGUCCAUAACAAUCAACGUGAUGGUUCCAUGCAAUUCCAUAUCCACAAAGGUGAAGUCUCUUAUUAUCCCAACACGUUACAAGGAAAUGCUCCAGCUCUACCAGUCAAACCAUACAUCGAGUAUCCUGAACAAGUAAACGGUCAAAAAGUGCGUGAUCAAGUACCUAGUGUGGAAGAUGCUUAUUCUCAUCCUCAAUUAUUUUGGAACAGUUUAACUGAUCAUGAAAAGCAACAACUGGUGGAUGGUGCUCGCUUUGAAAUUGGCAAGUGUCAAUAUGAAGUGCGUGAUCGUAUGGUGAAUAUCUUGAAUCAUGUGGAUAACUCCUUGGCUCGUCGUGUGGCUGUAGCCAUUGGUAUUACACCUCCUGAUAAGGUCGUUGAUAACCUUGGCAAGACUUCUAAAGGUCUCUCCAUUGAACAAUACAAGAAACCUGAUAAUAUUCGCACCAGAACAGUUGCUAUCCUUACCGCUCCUGGAACAAACACAAACGAAGCCAAAGCAACCUAUGAUUUUUUGAAGAGUGAAGGAGCUUAUGUGGAAUACGUUGGCGUACAUUUGGGUGAUCAAGAUGGAUUGAAUAUUACACAGACUUAUUUGACAACUGCUUCUGUUUUAUGGGAUGCUGUCUAUGUACCUGGAGGCGAGAAAGGCAUCGAUUAUCUCUCUAAUGCCAAUACAAGCUUUUUCCCUGCUGAAGAACCUUUGAUGUUUGUGGUGGACUCUUUCCGACAUGGUAAACCCAUAGCAGCUACCAACGAAGGUGUGAAACUUUUGGAAAAGGCAGGAUUGGAUACCAAAGCGCCAGGCAUGGUUCUUGGUAGAAAUGUGGAUAAUCAUUACUUUGAAGAUUUGAAGGCUGCUAUUCAACAACAACGUUUUUGGGAUCGUUUACCAAUGGACCAAUAAUAAUAAUAAUAAUAGGCGUAGAUUUAGUUAGUUAGUUCGUUAGUUAAUUUCUCUCACAUCUUUCUAUUUUGAAAUAGAUAAAUAAAAAAAAAAGCUUUAUUAUCAACAUCUCCAUUACAAAUAACAUUACUAUCUUUUUUAAUUUACGAAAGAUUUUUAUUUGAGGAAUCUCCAAUUUAUCACAAAAAAAAA